GUGACCCUCUGGUGGCGCGAAACAUGCUGAAGUAUAACACGUUGAUAUGAGGAAUGAUGUUCAGGCGUAGAUGAUGUUGUCUUGCUAUUCAAAUGCGCACUAAAUCUGCAAGUGCAAGUAAUUUGAAAAUAAGAAACAGUACUCAGUACUGACAUUAGGCCUAUUUCACAUGAGAACGCAAGGAAUCGUGUUAAUUGUUCGUUGAAAUGGAGGACAAAGAAGAGCGUAUGGAAACAGAAGCGACGGACACGAUAAACGAAGGAAAGCAGUCGACAUCGGCUGACAAAUCGAGUAAGAAAUCCAAGUACGAAUUGCCAUGGGUUGAGAAGUAUCGGCCAACUCUUCUGACUGACAUUGUAGGAAACGAAGAGACCAUCAGCAGACUGGAAGUAUUCUCCAGAGAAGGCAAUGUGCCCAACGUCAUCAUUGCUGGUCCCCCUGGCACAGGCAAGACCACUAGUAUCCUGUGCCUAUGUCAUGCACUGCUUGGACCUAACUACAAAGAUGCAGUGCUGGAGAUGAACGCAUCCAAUGACAGAGGUAUUGAUGUCGUCAGAAAUAAGAUCAAAACGUUUGCUCAGAAGAAGGUCACACUUCCCAAGGGUCGGCACAAAGUCAUCAUUCUGGAUGAAGCAGACAGCAUGACAAGCGGUGCCCAGCAGGCCCUACGACGCACCAUGGAGAUCUACUCCAAGACCACCCGCUUCGCCCUGGCCUGCAACACCUCGGGUAAGAUCAUCGAGCCCAUCCAGUCGCGCUGCGCCGUGCUGCGAUACUCACGGCUGACAGACAAGCAGCUCCUACAGCGGCUGAUGGAGAUUGCGGAGCAGGAAAGGAUCGAAUGCACAGAUGACGGGCUGGAGGCUGUCAUCUACACGGCGCAGGGUGAUAUGAGACAAGCAGUUAACAACAUGCAGUCUACACAUUCCGGGUUUGGUGUUAUCAACAGUGAGAAUGUGUUCAAGGUGUGUGACGAGCCCCACCCAAUCCUGAUCAAGGACAUGUUUGCCAAGUGCAUCGAGGGAGACAUUGACAAGGCUUACGAGGUGAUGGAUCACAUGUGGGACAUGGGUUAUGCCCCCGAGGACAUCAUCUCAAACAUGUUCAGAGUCUGCAAGACGUAUGACAUGGCUGAGUACCUCAAGCUGGAGUUUAUCAAGGAGAUUGGAUUCACACACUUAAGGAUUGCAGAGGGAGUAAACUCACUGCUGCAACUCAGCGGUUUGCUGGCCAGGCUGUGCCAAAAAGGAAUGUUACCCGCUGAAGAAUCUUGAGUUUGGCUACCAAAUUAACAGUGCCAAUGGGCGUUUUCGAAUCCCUGUUCUUGACAACACGCGUGUAACACGAGAACGUAUUCUCGAGCUGGUUGUUACGAACGCGCGGGUCCGUGUACGUGUCGCAUCGAUAUAAAGCAAUGCAAAAUGGCCGACAAUCGUCUGAAUUUGUACUUGGGCCUAUUCCAAAUGAACGAGGACGACUGUUGCAAAACCGGACAUGCGGAGAUGAAAUUGCAGACCUGCACUAUAAUGGUAUUCUUAUUCCAAUCAUUAGGGUAUUUGCAAAAAAAAACCACACAAAACAAUUUACGAAUCUGCACUGUCCGCCAUUUUGUUGAAGCUGCACCUCGCUGAACCCUCCAUCAACCGGGGAGUGAAAAAAUCGAUCCGCGAAUGCCCUCUCGGGUCUGUUCGUCACGCUCGAGACCGCUGUUCUCGUGUCGGGUUAACCCGAGUGUUGUCAAGAAGAGGGAUUCGAAAACGCCCAUAGAAUGCUUCAAAUGCAUGGAUUAUCAACUAUGCUUGGAAGAAUUUGUCUCAGUCAGUUUGAGCAGCAGAUUGCUUUAUGUUCCAGUUUUCAUUCAACCUUCUGUACCUAAGAUGACCAGAACUGUAGGCCUUAUUCCAAAAGUUAGUUGCCCAAAUGGGCCUGAAAGUGAACAACAGGGUGUCAAAAUUGGUGAAGUUGUAGGUCAUGUAUAAGAGGAACCAACAGGGGUGUCCAAAAUAGCCUUUGGCUAAACCAAUGAAAAUUGAUGUGUUAUUUAAUCAACGCAUUUUUGUUAAAUUCUUCAGAUAGUAGAACUGCUGUCUCAUGUGACUGAAAACAACUGUUGUAAAAAGUGACGAGUGGAGGGGGGAACUUAUGCUUGACCGCUGGCUUCCUUCCAUGGUGAUUUUUGGUCCUUUGAUUGGUUACACCUCUAUGUUCGGACACCCCUAUGUUCCGACUGCACAUAUUCCUAUUCCUAACCCUAACCCUAACCCUAACCCUAACCCUAACCCUAACCCUAACCCUAACCGGGAGUAACACAAUCUAGGUUGUCGGAACAUAGGGGUGUCGGAACAUAGAGCAGUCACCCUUUGAUCAAUAUCAGUCUAUGUUCUACUUAGGUUUGGAUACUGAAGGCUCAGCACUGAUUUUGCACGCGGAGAUGAAGCAUAAAGACAAAGCCUAAGUUUUGAGAGUUUCAUACACACAGAGCUCCUUUACAGUAGCUGUUGCAUGAGUCUUGCAGAAAGGCACCCUCGGUGGUUUAUUUAAGGAGAUGAUAAGCAUCACAUAAUGUGUACUAUCCUCAAAAUAUAUGUAGAAAGACACCUGUUAGAAUUGGUGUUAUUUAAAAUUACGUUCUUGGAAAUUAAACCUCUCAAGGUACCCGGGCAUAUCGAUUAGUCUGUGAGUUACAUUUUCAUAUGCAUUUUUAGUAUGCACAUUUGGACAUUUGCUUUAAACUGUAUACUAGGUCUUGGCAUUCAGAGACUAAUAAAUAUAAAUCCCUGUAUAUUUUGAAUUGACCACAUGUAA